CAGAAAUUCUCUUUCGUUUUAAUAAACUAACAUUUCCUUAUAACAAUUAUUGAAUCAGAGUACUAAACACACACGGAAGCUAUCUACUGCCCAUUUCCCAAGUGGCGGAUUGAAAGUUAUUUCAUUGUAAAAGAUUUCCUGAUACAAUUCACAUCAGCAAGAAAAUGUCCGAAAAGCUGGAGACCCCUAUAGAUGACCACUAUUAUGCCAACUUGGACGAAAUCCAGCCUGCACAAAAAGCUAGUAAGACUGAAACUGGCGAUUUCAAUGAAUAUACAACUCUGGGUGAGAGAAAUCCGGAAGAAAAUAAGAAGAAUCCUACCUAUGACAGCCUGCCAAAACGUCAAGAAGAGAAACCAUUUCUACUAAAAUGCAAGUGGAAGAUCAUUAUAGCUGGUGCAUUUAUCGUUAAUUUGCUAGUUGAAUGCAUUGUCAUUGGACUGAUCAUUGGAGGCGUUUUUCAAGGUGAAACGAAAGAUGACAUUGUAACGAUUAGGAAGGAAGUUUCUAACCUCACUGCAAUUAUACGAGAACAGUCUAGCUUGACGAAAAAUAUAAUUUCAUGGAAAGCUGACAUCAUAGACACUCUCAAAAUAAUAG